AUGGAGUCUUUUAAAGAACCUGGUCAUAUUAGUAGCGAGAACUUAUUGGAAGUUCCUGCUUUAAGUGAUUCUCUCUCAGAAGAUGAAGAUGUUAAAGCAACACUGCAGCCUCGUUUCUCCCCCAGUCCCCGAAGACGGAAUUCAGAUUCUUCGGAAGAAAUGGAGCCGGAAGCCCCAUCAACUAUUGCAAGAAAAGUUUCAUUUGCUGAUGCAUUUGGUUUUGACCUAGUAUCUGUUAAGGAGUUUGAUACCUGGGAUGUUCCAAUUACAUUACCAAAUGAUGAACCAGAAGAUGAAGUUGUGCCUGUGGAGGAAUUCUAUUUAACUCCACUGUUUACACUACCCACCACACAAGAACAACUUUUGCAAAAAGUGCGUGCACAGAAAGUAGGGCUUGAGUCCAUCGAGUUUCUACCAGGAAUAACAUGUAUGAAAGGGAUAAUUCGUGUUCUGAAUGUAUCUUUUGAAAAGUUGGUUUAUGUUCGCAUGACUCUGGACAACUGGCUGACUUAUUAUGACAUCCUAGGAGAAUAUGUGCCUAAUUCUUGUGAUGGUGAGACUGACCAGUUCUUGUUCAAGAUUUCAUUGGUUCCUCCUUACCAGAGAGAUGGUGCUACAGUUGAAUUUUGUAUACGUUAUGAGACAUCAGUGGGAAUAUUUUGGGAGAACAAUGACAACCACAAUUAUAUUUUGAUCUGCCAUAAAAAGGAAACUGCACCACCAUCAGCUGAUAAUCAGCUUCAAGAAGAAGUUACAGAUAAAAAUAUCAGAGGCUGUUUAAAAGGAACAGGAAACAGCAAAGAAGAAAUAUUGGCAAUGGCUGAUGAAGACAUAUGGAAUACUUCAAGGACUUCAGGGUCAGACAUUCCCCAAAUCCUUUAUUCACAUGUGGAUGAUAAUGAAACUGAACAAAGGAAAGAAAAGGUAGAUGCUAAAAAUGUGGGACAUAAUGAAGAUGAUAAUGAAAAUGAAAAAGAAUUAGAGCUGCUGCUAAGUCAUCACUUCAGUAGAACUGGAGGUUCUUCCAGGGAUGAAAGGAGUUUAUACACAGCUGAGCCGGUUAGAUUUCCAAAUGAUCCACAAGAAUUUGGGGACAAGCUAGACUCUGGCCUGCUUAGGCAACCUCUGCCUCUAAGCUCUUCAUCUGAACAUGCUUUGCAAGACAAAGAACUGCACAGUAAGAGUGAACUGCUCUCUUCCGUAGGAGCUGAUAAUAGUCAGUCAUCCUCAGAAAAAGUUAUUGCAGUGGACUCUGUAAAAAAUAGCACACAGUCUUCAGAGUUUUUUAACACAAUUGAAACACCUUUAUCACCAGAGUACUGGCCUGGAACAGAAAAAAAUGAGACUAUCUAUAUUGCAGAGGUUAUCUCAAGCAAUAAUGGAAUGUUUUCUGCAAAUGUUCAAAAAGAUGAACCCCAGAAUGCUCCAGAAAGUAAAACAAUGGAAAGUUUGUUCAUCAAUGUGGAUGAUGAUGACUGCAAAAAGGUUUGGAAGACAAGGCCCCAAAGAGUUCCCUUAGAGCAUGGAGAAGAAGAAAUCCAGUUAAGAGGAAAAUUACUGGAAGGUAUGGAUGACGUUGCUGAGCCUGUUCAGGGAAGAUGUAUGCAGGAACCAUCUUGCCAAAUUCAUGAGUCCAUUUUAGAAAGCACUGUAGGAAAUGAAUCUAAAGGGGAGAGUGAAAAUCAGGAACAUGUAAAAAGAAUGUUAAAUACAAACACCUUACCUGAUGUUGGUGUCACAGUAAGUUCUUUCAGAUGUUCUCCUGAAGAAGAUGAUACUGUAAAAGAAAAAUUUAAGACUGAGUAUAAUGUUGAUAAAGGGAAAGAAAUUAUGUUAAGCCUUUUAGAAUCAUCUCCAGAAGAGAAGCAAGUCUACUCCACCCACGGGCAUGAAAAACACAUUACACUAGACAAGGAUGAAGCCAGUACAGUACUUGAGUUACCCCAAGAAGCAGAAGUGACUAUUUUCAGUGUGGUAGAUGAAAAAAAGGAUGAGAAAAUUCAUCAAUCAACAGAGUUACCACAUCUACAAGAGAGAGGAAGCUCAAGCAAAACUAGUAACAUUGAAGAAAGCAAAGGUCCAGUUGUAGGUGAAUUAAGUCUAGAUUUGAAGAGAACAGAAAGUAGAUAUCAAGAAGCAAUUCAGAAUACAGGCAGGUGUUCUAUAACACCUGCUGACGAAAGGAGCUCUAUACAUUCUGCAUCCAUAAAUCUAGAGGAGGUAUUUGAUACUAGUGGGAAUUUAGACGAAAGGAAGUACAAUCAGAGCUAUGGCCCAGGAAACAGAAAUAUUUUGGAGUCAGAGCCAUGCCAAAGUGAAACUGACAGAAUUAUUACUGAUGAUCAGAGCAGUCAGGUCAUGAGGGAAAAUCAAAGUUGGAGUGCCUCAGAAAGUCAACUGGCAGAAAGAGAAAGUGAAAAAAAUAAAAGAACACAGAUGAAAGAACGAUCAGGUGACGAAACCAUGUGGGGAAUUAGAGAUAAUACAAUAUGUCUGAAUGUAACUCCCGCAGAUGAAUUGUUUACCUGCCAAGACCCAGGGAGAGAUGAAGAAUCUGCAGUAGCUAAGCAUGAUAGUACAGGGGAAGCAGAGGCAGUUACAGCCGCUUAUAUAAUUAAAAUGACAUCAGAAAGUACUCCAGAAAAAAUAUCUGCUGGUGAAAAAGCAGUAAUUGUUAAGCUACCUCAAGAGACUGCACUAAGUGACAGGCCCACAGAGGAAAAAGAAACAGUGUUUGAUAUACAUGAAGGGAGAAAUGAUGGUUCACAUUAUCCUCUUUGUCAAUGCAAUACAGUGGGUGUAUUAUAUGACACCAAAUUUGAAAAGGAAUCAGUUUUAGAUAUUUGUAAAGCACGAGUACAUGAAACGAUGCAAGGAGAAAUGAUUUCAGUAUGCAAUACAAGUGAAAUGCUUGCUAGAGCAGAACAUAACACUGGAAAUGAUUCACCAUUGGGUGAAAUAUUAUGGACUUCUACAGAAGGAAAAGCUGCUUCUGAGCAGGAUUUAUAUUUGGAAACAUCUCUGAAAGGUUCACAGCAUCUUUUGCAAGGUCUGUACAACGAAGAGGCUGAAGAGGGAAGCACCUGGAAAUCUCCCCAUGUAGCUGCUAAAACUGAGAACAAAAAUUCUCCUUCUGAUCUAAAAAGAUUUCCUGAACAUUCUUCUUUAACAUUUUGUGAAGACUCCAUGGGAGCUAAUACCAGUGAGGGAAGGGAAGCAUUGCAUCCAUUCAUGGAUAUGUCAGGUGAAAUUGUAGCUGAAUCAAGAUGCAACUUCAGUGCAAUGAAUGAUACAGGUCAUGUUAUUUCAAGUACUUCUUCAGAGGAUGAACUCCCUUCUAGUGAAAAAGGAGAAAGAAGCAUUGAUCAGGUUCCCCAUCAACCAGAGUUUGAACAAGGAAAGCUACUAGGGCCAACCAUUUUAAUUAGUGAGCCUACUGAAGAAAGAGAAAAGACAAGAUUAGAAUCUGAAGGCUUACUAAUGGAAGAAAAAUGGAAUAGUGAAGAGCAUGAAAACCAGCCUGUUUCUGAUCACACAGAUGUUUCUGACCAGCAAAGAGAAGCUUUUAAUUUGCCUUCUGAGUGUCUUGUUUUAAAGCAUAUUGGUUACAAAACUCUUUAUUUCCUUUUCUUUGUUGUGUUUUGUGUAACAUUGUACCACUAUGAUUUGAUUGUUUGCUUUGCACUCUACUUAUUUUCCUUGUAUUGGCUAUAUUGCAAGGACACGAGAAGCAAAUAA